CAAUAUUAGUUUCAGUUUUAGCCAUCGCAUUUGGAGUAUCGCCAUUAAAUGUUGAGUAGAGACUUUAAAUCAUGAGUUUUAGUAAGAAAGUUGUAUUAAUUACGGGAGCAAGCAGUGGAAUUGGUGCUGGAGCUGCUAUUCACCUCGCAGAAUUGGGUGCGAAGGUAUCAAUUGUUGGGCGAAAUGAAAAACGUCUCAAUGAAGUGGCAGAAGAAAUCAAAAGUGCCGGCUCUCCAGCUCCUCUGCUCAUUGUGGCCGAUGUGACAAAAGACGCAAAGCGAAUUGUUAACGAGACGAUCAAGAAGUUUGGCCAAUUAGAUGUGCUUGUCAAUAACGCUGGAUUUGCAAAACCGGAUAGUGUUUCAACGGCGAAUUUAUCACAAUUUGAUAGUAUAUUUGAUACGAAUAUCAGAAGCGUCAUCACUUUGACCAAACUUUGUGUUCCCCACCUCGAAAAAACAAAAGGAAACGUGGUAAAUAUAUCAUCUGUUGCUGGUUUAAAAGCAACUCCAAAUUUUUUGAGCUAUUGCAUGAGCAAAGCAGCGCUGGAUCAAUUUACGAAAUGUUCGGCACUUGAUUUGGCACCGAAGGGAAUACGAGUCAACAGUGUGAACCCAGCCGCAAUUCGAACUGGAUUCAUUGAGGUUUGUAUGGGAGCACAAAAAGAAGAUGCCACUAAAAUGUACGACGGAAUCGGAUCUAUAUAUCCUGUCGGUAGGGUUGGAGAAGUGGCAGACACCAGUGCAGCGAUCGCAUUUUUGGCUGAUGAUAAAACGGCAUCAUUCUUGACUGGUAUCUUACUCCCGGUGGAUGGAGGAUCCUUGGUUGCUGGCACCAAUAGUGCAUCAAAGCUACGUUAAUAUAUGAACAAUAUAAUAUAUACGAGUUGCUAAUGUUCGGCGAAGUGUUGCAUAUUUGAUUUUCUAUUGUCACUCUUGUGUUAUGCUCAAGGUCAUUUUGCAUAUUCCAU